AUGUCAGUCAGCGGCACCUCAGCCCGAUCUGCCUCGCAAAUCGGCACCCCGGGUUCGAAGAAGCCCAAAUCCGUCGUCCCGCCUCACAAGAGGAUCCUCUGCCGCACCUGCGGAGAGCCCUUCGAUGAUGAGCAGGCGUUGGUCAUGCACAAGCUUUGGGCUAUGAAGGUCAAGGGUACCCAUCCCCACUGCACUGUCUGUGCUAUGGAAUUCCAGACCAUGGAGGCCCAAAAGAAGCAUAUGCUCGAGAUGCACCCUCAUGACCAGGACCUUGUCUGCCCAGGUUGCCAGACUCGAUUCGUUCGUUUAUCCGGCUACAUGAAGCACUUCGAGCACGAAGAGUGCCCAGAGAUCAGGCGCAUGCAAGUCGACAGCAACAGAGCUCAAAAGCUCAGUUUCGCUCAUGAGUUGGAGAAGCGAAGUGGUUCCCAGUUCGGAGACUACUUUCCCAACCUUCACCCCAGUGUGCAGUCAGCCCUUAGCCACCAGACCAAAAGCUACAUGGCGCACCCCUCGUUCUUCAAGCCAGAGGAUUUCCCCGGGCUCAAAGAAAUCGAGGGAGCUCCCAAGUCAGGGGCCAACCAGAGCAUUGCUUCUUCAACCGAUGUAUCGUCUCUGACGAACGCCUUCUCUGGAGCCAACUUGUCUUCCCCGAUCGGACCGACCAGCUCGAACAUCACGACCGCCCCAAGCUCCCCCAAUGCCACAGCUCCUUCCGCUUCUCAGGAGGUUACGGACAUACACAGUCCUUACCACAACAACUUCAACGUCAUGAACUACUACAACAAGUUCACUCGCAAGUUCAAGUGCCCUAACAAAUCCUGCGCCAAGAACUUUGGCUCGGCUAACGCGUUGCUCCAUCAUAUGAAGUCAUCGAUCUCGCACUACAAUGCCAAGCUUCAGUGUCCUGGAUGCCUCAACUGGUUUAAGGACGCGUCCUCCCUCACAGCACACUCCGAGUCAGAGACCAACAGAUGCCAAAUCCGAUACUCCGAGAACUACCGAGUCUUUCUCGACCAGCUCACGGGAGGAAUGGCAGACGUUACUGGGAUCAAUCAGGACAAGACGAUCCAGUACCAGGUCAGCAACGAGGCCGUCAUCAAGUUUGGUAACACCAGACAUGCCAAGAAGGCAGUAGAGAACUUCAUGGAGCAAGAGGAUGCGGAGCGCCAGGAGAUGAGGUCGCGUAACCCUGUUUGGUGA